GAUUUUCGAUUCUGACGUUCUGACUGUCACACGUGUUCGCCUUUUUAUUUAAUAAAAAUUUGAAUAUUUUGUCCACUGUAAUUAAAAAUGAAAAUUCGUAAGCAUGUUCGUAACAAGCGGCGUGUUGUGAAAAAUGUUAAAAAGAUUUACAAGAAGCUGCGGGCGAAACAAGUUCCUAAGUUCGAUUGCGAAGAAAUUAAAGAAGCAUGGGCUCGAGGCAGGACGCUUGGCCAAAACUUCAAAGACAUGGGUCUUGCUGUUGAUCCAAACAAAGCUGUUAAAACAACUUUCGGUACUCAGGAUUCAGAGGAGGAAGACAGUGAUAGCGUUCCACAACUGAUCCCUAUUCCCAAGAAAAAGCACGUAGCUGAGGCUCUUGAAGCAGAUGCCAAAGCUCCCCGUGAAAGAAAAAUUCGACUGCCUGAUGGAGAAGUCAGAUUCAUCGCCCAGUUAAUGACUCGAUAUGGUGACAAUUAUGAGAAAAUGGCCAGAGACAAUAGGAACAAAUGGCAGUGGACUCCUGCUCAGUUCAGAGCGAAAAUCAAACGAUUCAUGACUAUUGACGAUCAAUACAAAUUUUAUCUGAACAACAGGAAAGCAGGGUGCAAAUGGCGGCCAGAAGAUCCUAACUUCGGAAAGAAUUCUAAUCUUGAGCGUGAUCUGUUUUAAUAGAUUGUACGCAAGAACAAAGGAGAGCAAGAUUCGCUUGGUUGCUAAUGCUCUACUUUUUUGUACAGUUUCAUCUUUUUGUAUAGUUUUAAGAAUCAUCUUGUAAAUUUAUCUGUUAAUGGUGGCUUACCUUCUGUAAUAUAGUCAUCUCAUUUUUAAAAGAAA